GCAAUGAAUCAGUCAAGAUUGGAGUUUAUCUGCUGGAGCUGCCUGCUCUUAAUAAUACUUGCAAAAGCCGAGGCAGCAUCGGUUUGGAAACUACCAACUGCAGAACAAGUUUACGAGGAUUUGGAAAACUGUCGCCUAGAAUCCCAUGAAGAGGAUGCAGCCACAUUGAGAUGUUUGGUUACAAAACUGGGACUUUGGACAGACGAAAGCGGCUACAAUGCCAAGCGGAUAGCAAAGAUCUUCGCAGCCCAUGACCAAAUGGAGGAACUGAUGCUCGUGGUGGAAUACUGCAACCAGAAGGAACAGAACAAAUCCCAACUGGACGACUGGGCCUUCUCGGCCUACAGGUGCGCCACUUCUGGUCAGUUGGGCCAUUGGGUCAAGGAUUUUAUGAGCCAAAAAGAUGUUGAUUAA